AUGCAGGUUUCAGAUGAAGAAACCAGUAUCAGUUCGGAUGAGUGCACACUUGUGUUUGAGGGAUGUGGGUUACAGUUUGAUUGUAAGAAUAAUGCUAAGAUUUCGCAUAACACAGAAGAAAUAGAAGAUCAGUGGCUUAUAAAAGUGCCUGAAGCUCCACAGCUGGCAAUAUUUGACAAUAUUGAUACAAGUGCAUUUACAAACUGCAAUAAUACUGGUCACAGUCAAAGUGCUGAUACUUAUUUCACUCAUCUUCAAAAUGAAAAAUGCCACAUGGGAAAUGUAUGUUCUGAAUGUGGAAAAUGUUUUACCUUGAAGUCAGCUCUUAGUAACCAUGUGAAAAUUCAUACAGGAGAGAAAGUAUUUUCAUGUUCUCAUUGUGGGAAAUGUUUUACAAGGAAAUCAAAUCUUAUUGAUCAUCAAAAAAUUCAUACUGGAGAGAAAGCAUUUUCAUGUUCUGACUGUGGAAAAUGGUUUACUCGGAAAUCAAAUUUAAUUAUGCAUCAGAAAAUUCAUACAGGAGAAAAAGCAUUUUCAUGUUCUCACUGUGGGAAAUGUUUUUCUCAGAAAUCAAAUCUUAUUUUGCAUCAGAAAAUUCAUACAGGUGAGAAAGCAUUUUCAUGUUCUGACUGUGGGAAAUGCUUUACUCAGAAAGCAAAUCUUAUGGAUCAUCAGAAAACUCAUACUGGAGAGAAAGUGUUUUCAUGUUCUGACUGUGGGAAAUGGUUUACUCGUAAAUCAAAUCUUAUUGAUCAUCAGAAAAUUCAUACUGGAGAAAAAGUAUUUUCAUGUUCUGACUGUGGGAAAUGGUUUACUCGGAAAUCAAAUCUUAUUGAUCAUCAGAAAAUUCAUACAGGAGAGAAAGCUUUUUCAUGUUCUGAUUGUGGGAUAUGUUUUAUUCAGAAAUCAAAACUUAUUGAUCAUCUGAAAAUUCAUACAGGAGAGAAAGCAUUUUCAUGUUCUGAGUGUGGGAAAUGGUUUUCUCGGAAAUCAACUCUUAUUGAUCAUCAUAAAAUUCAUACAGGAGAGAAAGCCUUUUCAUGUUCCGAGUGUGGGAAAUGUUUUACUCGGAAAUCAAAACUUAUUAGACACCAGAACAUUCAUACAGGAGAGAAAGCAUUUUCAUGUUCUGACUGUGGUAAGUGGUUUACUCGGAAAUCAAAUCUUAUUCAUCAUCAGAAAAUUCAUACAGGAGAGAAAGCAUUUGCAUGUUCUGACUGUGGGAGAUGGUUUACUUAUAAAUCAUCUCUUAUUAAUCAUCAAAAAGUUCAUACAGGAGGGGAAGCAUUAUCAUGCUCAGACUGUGGGAAAUGUUUUACUCGGAAAUCAAAACUUAUAAGACAUCAGAACAUUCAUACAGGAGAAAAAGCAUUUUUAUGUUAUGACUGUGGGAAAUGUUUUACUCAAAAAUCAACUCUUAUUGAUCAUCAGAAAAUUCAUACAGGAGAGAAAGCAUUUUCAUGUUCUGACUGCGGAAAAUGUUUUAUUAGGAAAUCAAAACUUAUUUAUCAUCAGAAGAUUCAUACAGGAGAGAAAGUAUUUUCAUGUUCUGACUGCGGAAAAUGGUUUGCUCGAAAAUCAAGUUUUACUCGUCAUCAGAAAAUUCAUACAGAAGAGAAAGCAUUUUUAUGAUCUGAUUGCAAAAUGGUUUACUUGGAAAUCAAAACAUUGAUCAUCAGAAUGUUCAUACAGGAGAAAGAGAGCAUUUAUUUAAUACAAGUGGUGAGAGUCCAAGAUCCAUAACUCCUGGGAAUUAUUCUUCCUUACAACUGAGGAGGCAAAGAUUCCCAAACCCCAACAACUAAAUAAAACGCCUCCCACCUCA